AUGCCCCAAGAGUCCAAGCAGACCGACUUCCAACUAGUACGCGUCAAGAAUACUUGGUGCCGGAUCAAGGAAGGUGAAGCCAUUCCUGAUUCUGAGAAUGAGGUCACCAUUUCACCGGCUAAAAUAAUUGAAACGAUCUCAGAUGGCGACGUGUCCUGGACAAUUCAAGCACCCAUCUAUUUCUGCUAUAAAGUGGUGGAAACAUGCAGUCUCCUAGAUCCCUCCAAUAAGACCCUGCUGUAUGGGCAUAUCAAAGAUCAAGAGGAACUGGACAGGGCUAUGAACAAGGAAGGAGCACAGAAGCGUUUCAUUGUAAUGGAUUCGGUUGUCCACGAGUUUUACGGCUCAGGGGUCAGAAAGUAUUUCGAAGCCAAUGACAUCCAGUAUAAAAUUCUUUCUCUGCCAACCACUGAAGAAACCAAAUCCAUGGAAAUGGUGUUAGAGAUCUUGCAGGAAGUGCAAAACUUUGGCCUGGACAGGCGCACUGAGCCGAUUAUAGCCAUGGGUGGAGGGGCAUGCCUAGAUAUCGUGGGACUGGCCGCAUCGCUGUAUAGAAGACGCACGCCGUACAUCCGAGUGCCAACCACCCUCCUGUCCUAUGUGGAUGCCAGCGUUGGUGCAAAGAAUGGUGUCAAUUUCCUGCAGUGCAAGAACAAACUUGGGAGCUACGUUCCGCCUAUAGCCACCUUUCUUGACAGAACCUUCAUCAAAACAGUCCCCCGCCAGCAUAUCUCCAAUGGAUUUGGGGAAAUUCUAAAGAUGGCACUGAUGAAACACAAAGGCCUGUUUCAUUUGCUGAAAAACCAUGGGAAAUUCUUGCUGGAUACCAAGUUCCAGUCUCACAAUGGCUUAGCUGAUCACGGGGAUGCUGCACUGAAGACCACCAGGAUUGCCAUAGAAACAAUGCUGGAAGAGCUUGCCCCAAACCUCUGGGAAGAUGACCUGAACAGACUGGUUGACUUCGGUCACCUCAUAAGCCCAGAACUGGAAAUGAGAGUUCUGCCAUCACUGAUGCAUGGAGAAGCUGUGAACAUUGAUAUGGCUUUCAUGACGUACCUCUCCUACGUGAACGGGUUCUUAACCGAGAAGGAGAAGAGCCAGAUUAUCUGGUGCAUGACUGCUCUGGAGCUCCCGGUAUGGCAUAAAGAAUGCACAUGGCAUCUCAUCGAAAAGGCCUUGAUGGAAAGAAUGAAGCACAGUGCUGGACAGAUGAGAAUGCCUCUUCCCAUUGGACUCGGAAAAGCAGAUAUAUUUAAUGACAUCAGUGAGGAAACCCUGAGAAGAGCGUACGGGCUGUGGACCAGUGAGUGUAAAACUGCUUCUGUGAGGCAAUGA